AUGGCGGGAGAAGACGACGAGGAGAAAGACGAAGACGAGAAAGAGAGAAACGAGUACGAAGAGUUGGACUCGCAAAUUAUGAAACAAAUCUUGGAAGAUUUAACGUUAGAAGAAGAAGAAGAAGAAGAAGAAGAGGAAGAGGAUGAAUUGUCCCCGUUGGAUGAUGAUGAUGAUGAUGAUGUUGAUGAUGCAUCAGAAGAGCGGGACGAUGUCGACGACGAAGAUGAAGACAACAGAGAAGAAGAUAAAACGACGCACGGAGAACAACCCGCGCACGCGUGCUCGUACUGCGGGAUUUCCAACCCGGCGUGCGUCGUUCGGUGUAAGAAAACGAACAAAUGGUUCUGCAACUCGAAAACCGGCGCCUUGCCGGCGUCCUGCGUGGUCUUUCACUUGGUGAAAUCGAGAUCGAACGCGAUCGCGUUACACCCGGAUUCACCUUUAGGCGAACUCGAACCGGCAUGUUACGUGACGGAUUCCACGAACGUUUUUAAUCUCGGGUUUAUCGUGAAGAAAGACGAAGAUCCGCCGACGGUGGCGUUACUUUCCAGAGACGUCGUUUUACAACCGACGGCGGCGCUGAAGGCGUUGGAUUUGGAUUUGACGAAAUGGGAACCGGUGGUUACGGAGGAUAAGACGAUUUUGAGUUGGUUGGUGAACGAGCCGGACGAGAGAGAGACGAUGCGAGCGAGGCAAGUGACGCAAGCUCAGGCCACGGCGCUGGAGGAUUUGUGGAAGAGCGAUCCGACGGCGACGAUUGACGACGUGGAAAAGAGAGACAAAGACGCGGAGCCGCAACCGGUGGCGUUGCGAUACGCGGACGCGUAUCAGUAUCAGAACGUGUUCGGACCGUUGAUUGCGAUUGAGGCGGAUUACGAUAAAAGUCAAAAGGAGAGUCAACACAUGGGUAAUGUUUCCGUGCGAUGGGACGUGGGGUUGAACGCGAGGAGGGUGAUGUAUUUUGGAUUUAGUAGCGACGAGGAGCAUUUGAAGAUUUUGUUGGGCGACGAGUUAGUCGCGAUUUUGAAGAGCGUAGACGGGAGGGAAAUUUGGCGAGGCGACGGGACCGUGAUUCGAUACAACGUAAAGGAGGAAGAAAUUGGUUUAGAGUUGGACGCGAGGUCGUGCGUGGACGCUCCGGUUCACGUGACGAGCGGGUACGAAAUCGAGUGCGUGUGGAAAUCGGUGUCGUACGACCGGUGCCAAGCGGCGUUGAAAGCGUUCGCGGUGGACGACACUUCGGUUUCCGGUUACAUCUAUCACAAAUUGUUAGGCCACGACGUGAACGAAAGCGUCAUGCACCAUCGAGGCUCAAACAUUGACGUUUCCGGGAAACAGAAAUGGUCGGCACCGAAUUUACCGGAGUUGAACCACUCGCAAAUCGCCGCGGUGAAGAUGGUGUUGCAACAACCGUUGUCAUUGAUUCAGGGUCCUCCCGGGACGGGAAAGACGGUCACUUCGGCGACCAUCGUGUACCAUUUAGCGACGAAAGGGGACGGUCAAGUUAUCGUCGCCGCGCCUUCGAACGUCGCAGUCGAUCAACUCGCCGAGAAGAUUGAGAAGACGGGUUUAAAAGUUGUAAGAAUCGUCGCUCGAUCGCGCGAACACGUCAACUCGGCGGUGGAACACUUAGCGUUGCAUUAUCAAGUUCAGAGAAUAGCAGAGAAGGAGAAAAAUGGUCAACUCGCGAAAUUGCAAAGGUUGAAAGAUUCCAUCGGCGAGUUAUCGCAAGAAGACGAGAAAAGGUAUUACAAAGCGUUGAAGAAAAUAGAAAACGACAUCAUACAAAACGCUGACGUCGUGUGCGUCACCGCCGUCGGCGCCGGCGAUCGAAGACUCGAAAAAUAUAGAUUUCGACAAGUCUUAUUCGAUGAGUCCACGCAAGCCACGGAACCAGAGACGCUCAUUCCAAUCAUCAUGGGUGCAAAACAAGUCGUCAUGGUUGGCGACCACUGUCAGUUAGGACCGGUCGUCACCUGUAGAAGUGCUUCGAGAGCCGGUUUGAGUCAAUCUUUGUUCGAACGUUUAAUCUUUAUGGGCGUCCAACCGAUUCGAUUGCAAGUGCAAUACAGAAUGCACCCGUGUCUUUCGGAAUUUCCAUCCAACGCGUUUUACGAAGGCACGCUGCAAAACGGUGUCACCGAGGCAGAACGUGCGGAUAGCGAAGACGUGUUCCCUUGGCCGUGUCCGUCAAAACCGAUGCUGUUUUGGGCUCAAAUGGGCGUCGAAGAGAUGUCUGCGAGCGGAUACUCGUACUUGAACCGCGGCGAAGCGUACGCGGUGGAGAAAAUUGUCACGCACUUACUUCAAAACGGCAUCGCACCGGAGGAAAUCGGUGUGGUCACACCUUACGAAGGCCAACGCGCGUACGUCGUCAACUACUUAACUCGAACCGGGGUUUUACACCCGAGCAUAUACCAAGAAGUGGAAGUCGCUUCGGUCGACGCGUUCCAAGGACGCGAAAAACAGUACAUCAUCGUGACGUGCGUCCGAUCGAACGACCGUCAAGGGAUCGGUUUCUUGAACGACCCCAGGCGUCUGAACGUCGCGUUAACUCGAGCCAAACUUGGUUUGAUGAUUGUCGGUAAUCCGAAAGUGUUAGCGAAACAACCGCUCUUCAGAGACAUGUUGCAACACUUCAGAGACAACAAAUGCCUCGUCGAAGGCAACAACAUCAACCAACUGAACGAGUGCAUGGUCGCGUUACCUCAAUCUCGAUGGAAAGCAAAAGCCGGCCUCGCGCGAUUCGUCGCCAAAGAAACCAUCCACGAAGAAACCACCACGAGUGGUGAAAAUUACAACAGCGACAAUUACAUCGCCGAUAAUGAUUACGGCGGCGACGGCGGUUAUAACUGGUCCGGGAAACGAAAUUUAACCACCGCACCUCGCGUCGGCGCCCAAAACAUCGGGUUCGCCAAUUCCGCCGCGCAGAGAGACGACGACACGGAUUCCCAAUACACCGGCAGCGUCUUCGGCGAGAGUUUAUACGGUGGUUCGAAAUCUGAAAUCAGUGGGAGUGAAUACGGCGACGCCGCGCCUGGACCGGGAUUUAGAUACGAUUGA